GGAGAGCAUGUCCAAACCGGUGGACCACGUCAAGCGGCCCAUGAACGCUUUCAUGGUGUGGUCCCGGGCCCAGCGACGCAAAAUGGCUCAGGAAAACCCCAAGAUGCACAACUCGGAGAUCAGCAAACGGCUGGGGGCCGAGUGGAAACUGCUCACCGAGUCGGAGAAGCGACCUUUCAUAGACGAGGCGAAGCGCCUGCGGGCUAUGCACAUGAAGGAGCAUCCUGACUACAAGUAUCGACCCCGUAGGAAGCCCAAGACCCUGCUUAAGAAGGACAAGUUCGCUUUCCCGGUGCCCUAUGGCCUGGGCGGCGUGGGAGACCCGGAGCACCACGGGCUGAAGGCGGGGGGCGGGCUGCACGGGGGCGCCGGGGGCGGGCUAGUGCCCGAGUCGCUGCUCGCCAACCCGGAGAAAGCCGCGGCUGCCGCGGCCGCCGCAGCCGCGCGCGUUUUCUUUCCUCAGUCGGCAGCUGCGGCGGCCGCAGCCGCAGCCGCUGCGGCCAGCAGCCCCUACUCUCUGCUGGACCUGGGCUCUAAAAUGGCAGAGAUCUCCUCGUCCUCCUCGGGGCUCCCCUACGCGUCCUCUCUAGGCUACCCGACGGCGGGCGCUGGUGCCUUCCACGGGGCCGCCGCAGCAGCUGCAGCCGCUGCUGCCGCCGCCGGGGGGCACACGCACUCGCACCCCAGCCCCGGCAACCCAGGCUACAUGAUUCCGUGCAACUGCAGCGCCUGGCCAAGCCCGGGACUUCAGCCGCCCCUCGCCUACAUCCUGUUGCCUGGCAUGGGCAAACCUCAGCUGGACCCUUACCCUGCAGCCUACGCCGCGGCGUUAUGACCCAGCGCGGGGUGCAGCAGCAGCAGCUACAAACGUGUGUAAAUAUCUGUACAAAUAGGGGUGGCUUUAAUAAUGAGGUCUCAGCUAUACAGCCGCGCAUGUACAUAUGUAUAGGUAUGAGCUAUAUGUCCUCCUACCCUUUCCUCCUUAUUGUGAUUGUCUGUAUAUAUCCGUAUAUAAUAUGUAUAGGUACCCAAGUCAGAGGCGAAAGUGAUGCACGAGUGUGAAAUGUGUAUGAGCGCGUGUAUGUUGUUUGUUUACAAGAUCAUUUCAGACCGUCACUUCUACCGCAAACUUUUCUUGAGGGGCGGUUGUUGUCUGAACAUCAGUGGUCUCCUAUGCACUUCUGUACCUGUUGCGUUUUGCCCAUUGGGGUUGAAGGGGGGGAGGGAAAGUUGGUUUUCCCUUUUUUUUCUUUCCUAUUUUUUCCUUUAGUCUGCUCGUUGCAUGCAUUCUAUUUAAGUUUCCAUCCGAAAAUGCUUUCUGACCAACUUAUGAAAGCUGAUUUAUUAUUAGUUUCGCGGAGCUGUGGUGCUCUGGGCCACCUUGUUUACCUAUCUGAACUCCGCAAAUGUCUUUCCCCCCCCAACGAGCAGAACAGCCAAACAAGAUCCAUUCUUGACAGGUGAUGGACACAAAUCUGGCAUUUGUAUAUGAAAUGAUCGUUGUUUCCUUUGUUUACCUUGUCCUAUGCAAAUUGGAACAGGAAACACAGAAAAAGAAAUAAUAUGUAAGGUAGAGGGUUGUCAAUUGAAUUUUGGUUGUUUUUAUUUUUUGUGUUGUAGUUUUGUGUUUUUAACAUAUUGUAAGACUAGUUUUUUUUGGGGGGGGGGCUCCAGUCACCACUUAAAGGGAAGGGUGGGAGGGGGGGGACAGCUCCUAUUUUUCCAUUACCAUUAAGUUUCAGUUUAAAACUGUAAAUUUGUACAUGUCAAUGGAAAUGCUAGAUCUUUGAUCGAAAAUGUGUUAUUUACGUUGUCCAAAAUUUGAGUCAGUUUUAGACUCCAACAUUUUGAUCGAAUUUCGAAGUCUUUUUUUUUUUAAUUGCGGAACCAUUUCAGGAUCGCAAUUUGAUGUAAGGUUAAAUCAGACUUUUUGUCUGAGUGAUAAUUAUAUAUUUAUUAUUUAGCAGAACUGAAAAAUUGCAUUGUUUUGACAGAUGUCUAUUCUCAUUUUCAAAUAGCCUUUAUCUGCCAAAUUUGAAGUGUUUCAAUGUGCUUUGGAGUUCCCUACCUGAUUAGCUUAUUUUUAGAGCACCAGCAAUUCAAUUGCAGAUGAUUAAAACACAUUUUAGAGAAGAACCUUCCUCAAUUAUAGUUUUUUUUUUUAGUUUACUUUUGUAAUGUGUAUAUUUUGACUGUUUGUGAAUGAAGCUGGCUAACAUGUAUUUAGUUUCAUUUUGGCUUUAUGUAAUAUAAAGUAAAAAAAAAUCUUAAGUAUUGGUUUUAACAUUUAAGUGUAAAUGGUUUUCUUGUGUGAUCUAAUUUAAUAUUAGACUCUAAGCUAUAUCUGUAAAUUAGAAUCCUACUACCACUCUGUUCAUUUUUGAACAAAGAGUUUAAAUAAAGCCUGAAGCAGGGAAAAGAGAAAA